UUACUCUAUUGACUCUCUCUUUCCAAAUGUCAAACCAAGAUUCAUUUAAUCCUUGCUCCCAACUUGUCCCAACAGACAGCUUCUAAAAUUUCCCUUUUUCUUUCUCCACUUUUUCCUUUUAAACUAUAUCCUUCUUUUUGGGUAUAUAUGUGCCUCAUUCUUCUAUAUAUAAGAUCCAAUUUUUCUUUCUUUCUAACUACUCCACACAUACAAACUUCAAUAACUCUUCUUAUUCCUUUUCUUUAAUUUGUACAUCAAUUUAAUUUUUCUCCAUGGAAAACAAGCUUAGGAACCAUAAUUAUACAUGCAUAGCCAAAUCAAAUAAUCCUAAUUCCCUAGCCAUGCACAAAAACUCCCACACAAUAUCGAAAAUCAAACCGAAGAUACGCAUAAUUCACAUAUUUGCACCCGAGAUCAUCAAGACCGACGCUGAAAAUUUUAGGGAACUUGUGCAAAAGUUAACCGGGAAACCAAGUGAAGAGAAAAAGUAUUGCAAGAAGAAAUCAAAAAGUGAAGGAAUUAGAGAACAAGAAUAUUCAAGGAGUACUACAAGUAGUGGUAGUGGUUUAUCAUCAGAGGAUUGUUCAAGAAUGAUAACAAUAAAGAAAAAGGAGGUGAAGAUUAAUAAUGGUGAGUUUUCGGGGUUGGAUAUGAGAAUGGAUCAUAAAGUGAAAGAAGAAGUAGGAGGAUGUGGUGGAAGUAGUGAUGAGAGUUGUGGUGGUUGGUAUUUGGGAGGGUUUUCAGAUUUGGAAGGGUUUAUUUCUGAAAUUGGUGGAUUUCCUUUGUUUCCAUUGAAUUCCACUCAUAAUAUGCAAGGGUUUGAACAACAUCAACUUUUAUAGGAUAUAAAUAUUUAGAUACAAAUGUAUGCCUUUUUGCUAGAUAUAUAUUAUAGAUCUAUUUAUUUUCUUGAUUUAUAUCUUAAUUACAAUGUAUGUUUGAUUAUGAUUUUUUUGUUUUGUUUUGUUUUUUUAUGAUAUAUAGAAUGACUCGCUCAUUAAUUAUGUACUUUAAAAUUGUUGUUCCUAUGAUGUUUUUGUUUUAAUUUCUAUGGGGAGAGACGAAAUUGUGUGCCAUUGUGUACAUUAAUCUCUUCAAA